GAGCUGGAAGCAGCAUUCCUCCUUGGUUUUUGCAUUGACUCCAGCAUCCAGGUUGCUGCUUUGGGCUCCUGUCCUGACUUUCCUCAGCAAUGAAGUUAAUAAACAACUGUGAGCUAAAAUAAACCCUUUCCAUUUCAUUUCUCUUUGGUCCUGGUAUUUUGUCACAACAAUAGAAACUCUGACUAAGGCACUCUAUCCUUAAGAGAGAUUUUUUGGGGGGAUGACUCGUUACAGUUCAGAAAAUAAUUUAUUUAACAGCUUUCUCUGAGAAAGACAGCAGUAGGACUUUUAAAGCAAAGAAACUGGAAACAUUUGAAGAACACCAUGGAAGAAACAGAGAAAAAGGUUGCAACACAAGAAGGCAGAUUCUUCUCCAAGAUGAAGGUGUUUCUGAUGUCAUUAACAUGUGCAUACCUAGCCAAAUCACUAUCAGGAGUUUAUAUGAAUUCCAUGCUCACACAAAUAGAGAGACAAUUUGGUAUCCCUACAUCUGUAGUUGGAUUUAUCACUGGGAGCUUUGAGAUAGGAAACCUUUUGUUGAUUGUAUUCGUGAGUUAUUUUGGAAGGAAACUGCACAGACCUAUCAUUAUUGGUGUUGGAUGUGUGGUUAUGGGCCUGGGGUGUUUCUUAAUGGCAUCACCUCAUUUCCUCAUGGGCAGAUACAAAUAUGAAACAACAAUAUCACCUACAAGCAACUUGUCCUCAAACAGCUUCUUGUGUAUAGAAAACAGAACACAGACCUUAAAGCCAACGCAAGAUCCAACAGAGUGUGUAAAAGAAAUAAAAUCAUUAAUGUGGAUAUAUGUACUAAUAGGAAAUACUAUGCGUGGAAUUGGUGAAACUCCCAUAAUGCCCUUGGGUAUUUCUUACAUCGAAGACUUUGCCAAAUCAGAAAACUCUCCUUUAUAUAUUGGGAUUUUAGAAAUGGGGAAGAUUGUUGGCCCGAUUAUUGGACUUUUGUUGGGAUCUUUCUUUGCACGUGUUUAUGUAGACAUUGGGUCUGUGAAUACAGAUGACCUGACCAUAACUCCCACUGAUACACGCUGGGUCGGUGCUUGGUGGAUUGGCUUUUUGGUCUGUGCAGGAGUGAAUAUCCUGACCAGCAUCCCCUUUUUCUUCUUUCCAAAGACACUGCCAAAGAAAGAACUACAGGAUAAUGUGGAUGUGACUAAAUAUGAGAAAGUUGAAAAACAUAGAGAAAGAGCCAAAAAGGAAAACCUUGGAAUCACUAAAGAUUUCUUGCCAUUCAUGAAGAGCCUCUGCUGCAAUCCUAUUUAUAUGCUGUUCAGUCUUACGAGUGUGCUCCAGAUAAAUGGAUUUGCCAGUACAUUUACCUUCUUGCCCAAAUACCUGGAGCAGCAAUAUGGAAAAUCCACUUCAGAGGCAGUAUUCCUCAUAGGUGUUUAUAGCUUGCCUCCAGUAUGCCUUGGAUAUUUAAUCAGUGGCUUUAUUAUGAAGAAGUUUAAGAUCACUGUCAAGAAAGCUGCAUACAUAGCAUUUGGCCUGUCCUUAUCUGAAUAUUUUAUUUUUCUCUGUAACUAUUUGUUGACCUGUGAUAAUUUCCCAGUUGCUGGAUUAACCACCUCUUAUAAAGGAGUUCAGCACCCUCUAUAUGGGGAGAAAAAUGUCCUUGCUGACUGCAACACAAGGUGCAGCUGCUUAACGGACACAUGGGAUCCAGUGUGUGGGGACAAUGGCCUAGCUUACAUGUCAGCCUGCCUCGCAGGCUGUGAGAAGUCUGUUGGAACUGGAACCAACAUGGUGUUUCAAAAUUGCAGCUGCAUUGGGUCAUCAGGAAACUCAUCUGCAGUCCUGGGGCUGUGUAAGAAAGGCCCUGAGUGUGACAACAAGCUGCAGUACUUUUUAAUCAAGUCAGUAUUUUCCAGUUUCAUCUUCUCACUCGCAGCCAUCCCUGGAUACAUGGUUCUUCUGAGGUGUGUCAAAUCUGAAGAGAAGUCAAUUGGAGUUGGAUUACAUGCAUUUUUCAUAAGACUAUUAGCUGGCAUUCCGGCACCUGUUUACUUUGGCGCUUUGAUAGACAGAACCUGUUUACAUUGGGGAACUCUGAAAUGUGGUCAACCAGGGGCAUGCAGGAUGUAUGAUAUAAACAGAUUCAGGCACAUUUACCUGGGGUUGCCUGCAGCAGUGAGAGGAUCAAGCUUUCUCCCCGCAGUCUUCAUUCUAAUCCUUAUGAGGAAAUUCCAUUUCCCUGGCGACAUCCACUCUCCAGACACUGAACUUGCAGAGAUGAAGCUCACAGAGAAGGAAAGCGAGUGCACAGAUGUGUGCAGAAGUCCUAAGGUCGAGAACGAUGGAGAACUGAAAACUAAGCUGUAAUGAGUUUUCAACUGGCCUGUGCAAGGCCAUGAAUGGAAUGUACACUUCACUUUCUUUGAAUCAUGAGAGAUAUAGUAGGAAUCCUCAUCUUUAAGGACCUCAACAAUUAUUUUUUACUCAUAAUAAAAAACAAUUACUGAUAGCAGUUUCAGAACAUUAAGGUACUACUUCAGAUUUUCUCAGAUUAGACAUCUACGGUGACGCACACACUGAACUUUAAAGCUUCCUUCAUUUUCACAUGGCAUUUUCUCUUUUAACUCAAUCAAGGGGAGUUGUGUUUCCUACAUAUCUUCAAAUGGGUUUAAAGUUUUCCUAUUCCUGAAACAGCAUUCAAUUCUACUGAAUUUAUCCUUCAAUGUUGGAGGUAUUUAGAACUGAAAAUAUGCAUUCUGGUUGGGACACAUUGAAAAAGUUAUCUUUUCUAUGUUCAAGAUGUCUGCAUAGGUCUAUAUCUAGGAGUUUUCAAUUUUUUAUUAUUUUAGACAUGAGUUUCUAGGAUUAGACAUCUUUCUCAUGUGUCAUCUUCUGUUUUCAGUCUCUCCUUUGUUUAGCCCUGUCACACAUUUGAUAAUUUUGUUUAGAGCACUGACAAACUUAGUCGGGUUAUUAAAAAUCACAUUGCAAAGCUUGUUGGACCCAUUUUCCCUAGCAACUCAAAGUCGUUCAUGAAAAUCUUUCUUCAAAGCAACUAUUUGAGAAAGCCAGUUAUUUCAAAGGUUCUUUGUAAAGAUGUAGUUGUUCCUCAGCUGUACAAUGAUUGCCUAGCAUGUGUGCAACCCUGCAUUGAACCAAAAGGUAGAGUAGACUACUGACAAUAAUAGACAAAAUAAAGUAAAAUAAGAAAUAAAUGAAAAUAAAUCAGAGCUGGAUGCAGUAGAAGAUAUUCUCAAAGACUACUUUCUUAUACUCAGGAUGCCUCUGACUCAGUGGUCAUUUUUUUCAUGUGUCCUCAGAACACAUGAAUAAAAUGAUAACAUAUUUAAAAGUAUAACUAUAAUUUUAUAAUAAAUUAUAAUAAAGUUAUAAAUUUACAAUUAAAAUUAAACUAUAACAUGAAUAAAAUAACAUGACUGUUAACUUUCAGAAUCAGAGUAAAACUUUUAAAGUGAGAGCAGGCAGAUAGUUCAAUCGAAAGGGGUAUUUGCCACCAAGCCUCCACCUCAAACUAUAUAUGGAGGCAGGGGGUGGGGGGGAGGAGACAGAGACAGAGACAGAGACAGAGACAGAGAGAGAGUUUAAGCCAAGACUCUUGCUGAAAAAAAAUUUGGCUUAAUAAAAUUCAAAGUAUUUGUAAAAAACAAAAUCAAUUUGUAGUGGUUUGAAUAUGAAGUGUCCAUUCUCAGAUAGAACAAUAAGGCAAUAAGACAUUUGGUUUCCUGUUGAUAAUGCUGCUUAGGGAAGAUUGGGCAGGAAUAUCCUUGGAGGAGGAAAUACAUCACUGGAAUGACCUUUGAGAUUUAAAAACCUCACCCUUCUUCCAGUUCAUACUCUUCAUUGUUCUUUAAAGAUAUGAAAUCUUAGCUUCCUGCUCUAGUCACUGUACCUGCUGCUUGCUAUCAUACCUCCAUGACAUGAGAGGCUACAAUCCCUCUGAAAUCAUAAGCCAAAAUAAACUCUUUGUUUUAAAGGU